AUGGGCUGCGCAAUUGGAGAAGAAAUGCUUAGCAAGGAGCAGCGCUCUGGGGAAUUUAUUAUCCUCAUAAGACCAGAGAUCAUCGGGCCUCCGAAGUUGCUACAAGUUUUCAAAAAGAAGGGGCCAUUGUCCUUCCUGUUAAUUAGCAAGAUUGUAGCCAAAUAUUACUCUUCUGCGGUUCAGAAAUUUUCUCAGACACUGCAGUCAUUUCAGUUUGAUUUCAUCGGGGACACUCUGACCGAUGAUGAGAUUAAUAUUGCGGAAUCAUUCAAGGAAUUUGCUGAAUUGCUCAAUGAAGUAGAAAAUGAGAGGAUGAUGAUGGUACAAAAUGCUAGUGACUUGCUGAUAAAACCCCUGGAAACUUUUCGGAAGGAACAAAUAGGGUUCACAAAGGAGAGGAAGAAGAAAUUUGAAAAGGAUGGUGAGAGGUUUUACUCAUUACUGGACCGGCACUUACAUCUGUCAUCUAAAAAGAAAGAAUCUCAGUUGCUAGAGGCAGACCUCCAAGUGGAUAAGGAAAGGCACAAUUUCUUCGAGUCCUCUCUUGAUUAUGUCUAUCAAAUCCAGGAAGUUCAAGAGUCCAAGAAGUUCAAUAUUGUGGAGCCAGUAAGUUCUAUCUGUUGGUGAAUAUUCUAAAAAAAG